AUGGGUUUAUGCUUUGAAAAGGUUCUGACACGGACGAGACUUCAAGACUUGUUGAGAGAAAUCGACCCGAAUGAGCACCUCGACGAUGACGUUGAGGAGGUACUUCUGCAGGCCGCUGACAAUUUUGUGGAUGACGUAAUAUCUCGUGCUUGUGAUCUCGCCAAACACCGAAAAGGAACGACUCUUGAGGCACAAGAUGUUCUUCUUGUCCUUCAAGGGCAAUUGAACAUGUGGAUACCUGGUUACGGAAGUGCGGAAGAGCAUCAAGUGCCAAAAAUGCCAUCGCAAAGCACCUCCGAAGCUCAUCGGCAGCGGAUGGCGUUAAUUCGAAAAUUCUCAAAGAAGUGAAGAGUUUCCAUUCCCUCGGAUUUGGCUUUAGUGUUAUACAUUCCGAGAAUGUUUGUGUGAAUGCGAAGCGAAUUCUAUAUUUUUUUCACUGAAUAAAGGUGCUUUUUGUGCA